AUGCUCUCUUCCGUAGGCGCACAGUAUACUGCGACCUACCUACCAGAUACCGCCCCUGACAAAACUGGGCAAGGGACCAAUAAAUGUGGGACGACGUCCAGUCAAGACUCGAUGUGCCAGAACAUCUAUAUCAACGCUGCUGAUGAUUUCUGCCUAUGGGCUCCGCCUAUUUCGGGCCUAGAUUCUACUAUCGGUGCUACAGAGUGUAUCGAGGUUUCAUGGUAUCUCAAGAGCGGCUACAGGACUCGUGUCAUCCCCGAAGGCACUAUCACUGGCAUCCAUUUCGUUCUGACACCCGACUUUGUACAGAUUGCCGGCUCCGGAGAUUUGACAAAAUUGAACAUUCCGGCUGGAAAUGAAGGCGGGGAACUCGAUCCUCAUGGUGCCGACGGAAAUGGAAAUCCUAUUGGAGGUCUACUCUUCUCCUCUGCUUUUGGGAAGACCCAGCAAAUGUUCGAGUGGACAGUGAGUACUAGGAAUUUUAUGGCAGCCACCGAUUUUUGCUUCAGAGCUUGUAAUCCUGCCGGUGAACAUAUAUACGACUUGAUGGGAUGCGCCUGGAACGUGCCCGCCAACUACGAUGCCGGCGUGUUCAAGUCAUGCAAUGGUGAUAGUGGAGAGCCUAUGGGCGUCUACGGCACCUUGACAUUCCACCAAGGUGAGGCCUCUACCCCUGCUCCGCACCCUGUCCUGUCGUCUUCGCAAUGUACGACUUUUUCUGCUAUCGGAGGCGGGGCUGCGACUAUGUCAGUAACUAUAACUAUGACCUCGACUUCGGCAAGCGUACAUUUAUUUACACUGCUCUCCUCAUCUCGUACUAACUUGUGUAGUCUGGGACUACUACAAUAG